AUGCCUCCCAAGAAGUCCGCUACCCCCAAGACCCCUGCCUCACGGAAUGCGUCGAGCACUCAGCAGGCGCAGUCCACGGCGAAAAAAACCUCCCAAAAAAAGGCUACCGUCAAGUCCAAGGCAUUGGUCUCCGACAGUGAUCAUUCGGAGUCGAACACCCCCAACGUCCCUUCGGCUCCUGAGCUGCCCUCCACGCCCACCCCCAACCACGGACGAUCACUUCGCAAAAGGCCUGCCGCUACCCCGGUAACACCUUCCCAAGCGCUGCAAAAGUUGUCUCUUGGGCAAGAGUCUCCGACCAAAAAGGCGAGAACUACGUCCACUCCAAGUCCUAUGAAGCGGACUGCAAAAGGGUCGUCGACAUCAGCAUCCAAGCGCCCGACUUCUCCGGUUAAGACAGCUUCCUCUUCUGCUCCUACAAAGCACAAGGUCACUAGGAAGACCGCUGCCAGUAGCGGGCCACAGACCAAGGCGUCGGCUAGGUUGAUGGAUGAUAACGACACUUUUGUUGUUGAAGACGACGAAGACGAUGAAGACGGCGCAGAGGAGUACCAGCCUGAGGAGGAUUGUUCUGAAGGCGACUACGAAGAGGAAGCUGUCGCUACUGAAGACGACAUGGAAGGCGACGGCGAGGAUGAAGAGGGUGUUGAAGAGGUCGACGGGGAGGAGUCCGGUGAAGAAGCUGAAGUACUGAGUGGAUCUGAGCAGGAGGACGUUGAGGAUGACGUCGAUGAGGAGGAUGACGGAGAGGGAUCCGUGGAAGGGUCUCCAGAGGAGGAUGGGGAGGAAGAAGAUGUUGACGGAGAGGAAGAAGACGAAGAACCGGUCUACGAGCCAGGUGCCUUUUAUCCUAGACCUUUGGCAGACAACGAAGAAUACAUGAACCUUGACGCCCUCAAGGAUCGCAAUGCUCCCGAUGGUUUCUAUCCAGAUGAAAGUCUGAAUAUUUACCGAUUGCGCCCCGGCACCAUCGAGUCCCGUACCAGUAACGAGGCUAUGAAUCUCGCGCCUUCGGCGAUCCUCAAAGCUCUGCCGCAGCUUGAUCCUGACGUUUUCUGGGGUGUUCUCAUGUUCUCCAACUGGAAGAAUGUCGUCGGAUUAGCUCGCUCGCCUGUGGGCCUCACUGGGUGCAGGCCUUAUGAACGGGAGAACAUCGAGAUGACUGUCAGGGGCCGGGGAACCGCCCUGUGUGUCGUUUCUGGUGUUGUACAAGAGAGUAAUCUCUUCUCCCCUCGUCAAUGGACUAGCACCAACCCAAACGAGAGGCAAGAGUUCGUCAGCUACAACAUUUUGGUCAACCCUUUAAGCUUCGAACGUUCUCGUAUCCAAGCCCAUACGGUGAUGUCCAUGAACAACUUCACCAUGAAGUCUACCGAACACAAAGGAGGUCUCAAUUUGACAACAAUGUCGGCCAAGAUAGGUGCUACUCCAGUUAAGAGAGAACCCAAUGCGUUUUUCGACCUCGCUGCCACCAUGGUCAACACAGCUGCGUCGGGAUAUGGUACCCUCUCUCCUCGACGCUUCAGUGACAAAAUUCCCAUUUAUGACGCCACCUCCGUGAAGGGGUUCCGUUUGGAGGACCACUUGGAUGACUUGAGCGGUACGCUGCCCGAAUGGCCGCAAGGCAAGGAGAUUCCUGUGAUGUCCUUCGUGGUCGCAGGGUAUAUCGUUCGCCAUGCCAUGGGGGCCAACAACAAGAAGUGGCUAUUGAACACCUAUAUCCAGUGGUUGAUCGUCCUUGCUGACAAGGAACAGGUCCCCAAGGAGCUACCAAAGGCCACCAAAGCCAAGGUUCCUGUGAAGUCAAAGGCGACGGCGAAGACACCCAAGAAGGCGACGAAGUCAUCGAAAGUAUAG